AUGGGGCCGUUUUCCAAGAUCAAGGCUACCAAGCCCAACAAAGAGGCCACAGUUCAUGCUCAAGACGAGGCCCCUCAGUUCGAACAUGUCACAUGGUAUCGCGACCCUGGGUUGAGGGCUCUGUAUUGGCAUGCCUUCAUCCUUUGCAUUGCGUCCGCUAGUACUGGAUACGAUGGAAUGUUCUUUAACUCCGUGCAGAAUUUCGAGUCAUGGAAGGAGUACUUUGACAGCCCCAGCGAUCAUCUCCUGGGGCUUCUAGCUGCUCUGUAUCAAAUUGGGAGUCUUGCCUCCAUUCCUAUCGUCCCCUAUUUCACCGACCACUGGGGCCGGCGACUGCCCAUUGUCAUCGGUGGUGUUAUCACGAUUGCAGGUGCUGCACUUCAGGCCUUCUGCCAGAACAUGGGAGGGGUCCCAGAGUCACCUCGAUACCUUAUCGCCAACGACAAGCUAGACGAUGCGAUGGCAAUUUUGGCCAAAUACCACGCGAAUGGCAACGUUGACCAUCCGACGGUAAAGUUCGAGUACCGCGAAAUCACAGAGACUAUCAAGAUGGAACAGGCCGCCAAGAAUCACAGUAGCUACCUCGACUUCUUCCGCACCCCGGGUAACAGAUACCGAUUCAUGAUUCUCAUCUCUCUUGGCAUAUUUUCUCAGUGGUCGGGAAACGCGAUCAUCAGUAAUUACACCAACAUAUUGUAUGACAACGCCGGAAUUACUGGCUCAACCGAAAAGCUCGGUCUGUCGGGUGGAUCAUCUAUGGUAUCGCUGAUUGUAUCCAUUUCUUUCGCCCUCUUGGUUGACAAGUUCGGCCGUCGCCCAAUUUUCUUGCUCUCCACCGGGGGCAUGUUUGGCACCUUCAUCUUCUGGACUUUGACCUGUGCGCUGUACGAAGAAUACAGCUCACCAGGAGCCAACCACGCCAUGAUAUUCUUCAUCUGGGUGUUCAACGUCGCAUACGCCAUCGCAUGGUCCGGCCUCUUGAUCAGCUAUGCCGUCGAAAUCCUCCCCUACACUCUACGAGCGAAGGGGCUGAUGAUCUUGAACAUCGCAAUUCAGUCGGCUUUGACUCUUAACAACUAUGCCAACCCAGUAGCACUGGAUUAUUUCGAAGGAGAAACUUGGAAGCUUUAUCUCAUCUACACUUGCUGGAUCUUCCUCGAACUGUGCUUCGUCUUCUUCAAGUACGUGGAGACAAAGGGACCGACUCUCGAAGAGCUCGCGAAGGUUAUCGACGGAUCAAAUGCACAGGUUGCUCAGCUUGACAUCCAGCAGAUCGAGAAGGAGGCUCAUAUCCACAAUGGCCGCGAUAGCGAGCACGCGGAUGGCGUCCCUCAGCUGGCAGAUUCAUUGGAUGAUAAAGGAGUCCAGCGGAACUAA